AUGCCGUCCGCCGUCCCCCAACUGUACCAGUACGCUCACGUCGAGGAGACCAAGGAGAACCUGGAUUGGGCCGAGCUACCCAGCAUUGACCUGUCCAAAUAUGGCACGCCAGAGGGCAAUGCCGAGCUUGCCCAGACCCUGGUUGAUGCCAUUCGCACCAAGGGCUUCUUCUACGUCGUCAACUUUGGCAUUCCCCAGGACGAAGUCGACCGGCAGUACGCACUCGGCCAAGCCUUUUACAACCUCCCGCUGGACGAGAAGCUCAAGUAUGUCCCCGACUUGGAGCACGGCGACUACAAUGGGUACCGGCCGGCUGGCCGCCGGCUUUUGAGCGGCGGCAUUUACGAUAAGACCGAAGUCUGGAACAUGGCGACAAAUGACGGCCACAUCACGCAGCCAGUGCCCACACUGCUAAAGCAGAACCUGGCCGAGAUCGAGGCCUUUGCCAAGAAGCUUCACGACAAGGUACUAGACCCGCUCAACCACCUGAUCGCGCUGGCGCUCGAGCUGCCCCCAGACUUCUUCACCAAGGUGCAUCGCUGGGACGUGCACGACGAGUCACAUCUACGCUACAUGAAGUACUCCAAAUUCUCGCCCGAGGAGAUUGCCAAGCUGGACGACGGUCUCUGGUCGCGCGGCCACACGGACCUGGGCACCAUCACGCUGCUCUUCCGCCAGCCAGUGGCCGCGCUGCAGAUCCGCGACCACGAGACCGGCGAGUGGAAGUGGGCCAAGCCGCUGGAUGGCAGCCUGACCGUCAACACGUGCGAUGCCCUCAGCUUCCUCACCGGCGGCUACGUCAAGUCGACCGUGCACCGCGUCUCCGUCCCGCCCAAGGACCAGCAGCACGUCGACCGCCUCGGACUGCUCUACUUUGCCCGCCCACAGAACGACCUGGUCCUCAAGACGGUCGACUCGCCCGUCCUCCGCCGCGCCGGCUACACCCAGAACGAGUUUGAGGCCGGCGGCUUCCCCGUCCCGACCAUGGGCGAAUUUACCGUCCACAAGCAGACCUGGCAGCAAAAGCCAAAGGGUGUCGACUACAAGGCAACCGAGGGCCAGACAAUUAUUCCCGGCUUUGUCGGAAAGUUCUUUUCUUGA